AUGACACUCACAACCUACCCCCAGAUUUCAUCAACAACACCUUCCUCCCCCGACCUCACAAUCCUCAACCUCUCCCGCCUCCUCACCCGCCUAGAACACAACCUGCUCUCCCCAUCCGCAGACCUCAAGUCUCUCCGACGAAACGAGUACCAGCGCAUGCGCAUAGCAGCCAACGUCGAGUACGCCCGCACCCUCCUGUCACAACUCGAACGCACCCUCCCAACCCUCAAACCCCUCGACCGCCGCCACGAGCUCCAAACAGACCUCACGCGAAAACGACAAACACUCAAGCUCCUCCGGGAUGUACUAGACAGAAGUUCCACGGAGGCGGAAACGCGACUUUCCCGAUCUGCUGAGCAUGCCGCAAGCGAUCUAGACUCUGACGAAGAGGACGAGGACGAGAUAGUUCUCGAUGGGGAAGAGGAGGAGGCUGUGACGGUCAUGCCCGAGGCGGGAAGUACAUCGUCCGCGUCUGAAGGGAACAGGGAUGCUGUUUCCGAGGAGGGGAGGGAGGAGGUACACGCCGAAGCGGAAGGCGAAGCUGAACCCGAGACGGAUAUCCACAAGACUGCACCGCAGACUACGGCGUCAAUAAGGACAGCACCGCCAUCAGCAACAGCGACAGCAGCAGCAAAAGCGACACUACGGCACCGACACCGAGAUCAGAGAGGCCCUGCUGCUGCAACGGAAUCCACAGCAAUAACCACCGGCUCCUCGACCUCAACCUCCAACCUCCAAGAAACGGAGCAGACGCUUGACGCCCACCGCGCCGAGCAAGAAGACCUCACUACGUCCCUGCUUUCCCUUGCGACGCAGCUCAAGGUAUCCUCACAGGCAUUUCAUUCCAGUUUGGAGGCGGAGAAGUCGGUGCUGGCGCGCGCGGUCGACGGUCUCGACCGUACGAGUACCAAUAUGGACGCUGCUGAGAAGAGGAUGGGGAUGUUGCGGCGCAUGACCGAGGGGAAAGGCUGGUGGGGGCGGAUGAUGCUGUAUGCAUGGAUCUUCGGUCUGUGGAUUGUGGCCGUGUUGAUUGUGUUUCUGGGACCAAAGUUGCGAUUCUGA